ACUUGUUCGACUCUGCCUCCGCCCAGCGCUUCUCACCGACGCAGAACACAGAUGACAACGAAACAAUUGAUUUACUUCUAACUUAACACAUUUAAGCGUAACCCAAAGCUAUUAGAUUUACACAAUUACAAAGAAAAAAUGUUCCGAAUCAAGGAGCCGUUUGAAAGCGAAAAGCUCCAACUACAGGAGCUCAACCAAAGACUCAGCCACUACCUAAUGCGCGCAAAACAGUUGGAACAAGAAAAUGCCUGCUUGAUAAGCGAAAUAAAUUCAGUCAGACAAACCAGAUCUGGAGAAUGGGAAAACAAACACAUGUCCGAACUUCGGGAAAUGAGGAGACUGGUGGAGCGUUUAUCUUUCGAGAAAUGCAGAGCAGAGAUGGAACGACAGAAGCUGCGCGAUGAAUUCCAGAUGCUUCAAGCGAUGCGUUCAGAGGAAGCUUCGGUGGGCAAAGGCAUCGACACUGAGCUUAAAGGCUGCGAGAGGCAGCUCCAUCAUGCUCUUCAGACCAACGGUGGUUUGGAAGAUCGCCUUUUUGAGCUUGAAAACGAAUAUAAGUUUUUGGAAGAUGCCCACAGAAAGGAAAUCGCCCAGAUGAGGGACCAGGUGCACUCCCGAACUGUACGCGUUGUGACUCAAAUGCAUCACGCACCUCCAGCAGUUACGAUGGAAGAGGUGCAGGAGUAUGCGGCCAACUUCAAUGAAAGCUGGCAGGGGACUUUGGACAUGUACCGCCUGAGGGUAGAGGAAAUCGAAGAGUCUAUAAAAGCAGACCACGCGAGGCUGGAGGACAUUCAGAGGGAAAAGAGAGAAUAUGCUUCACAGUUAAAGAGGCUGCGUGACGAAAUUGAGAAACAAACUCAAGUGCAGCUGAACCUUGAGGAGCAGCUCGUGAACAUGCAAGACAAUUUCAGAGCUGAAAUCAGUCAGUAUCAGGAUAUUAUUGAGGAAUUGGAGUAUGAGCGCAGAAUGUUGUCCAACACCAUCUCAGAGAGGCUGAAGGACCAUCAGGAUCUCUUACAGGUCAAGAUGGGUCUCGCUUUGGAAGUGGCAGCAUACAGGGCACUCUUGGAAGAAGAAGGAAGACAUGCUCAAAUGUGGUCUAAUCAGCAUUCAAGAGAAAGAAUAAUAGAUAUAAAAAUGCCAUCCCAUCCUUACACCCCAAGAGUCUCCGUCAAUUCAGCAAGUCGGCCAGAUACAAGGAAAAAAGCCUUCACAGGAUAUGAUGUUAAAUAUAUGGAGCCUAUUUCCAGCGUGAGAACCUCAUCUACAUCAAGUCAGUUUCAUUCUCACGAACCCUCCAGGAUCGUGCCUAUCAGUGUAUCAAAUCGUGCCCAGCAAAGUCCUGCUUCAAGAAGGGACAUGAUUUCAUUCACCAAAGCAGCACAGGCAGCGGCUUCCAGUUCCCCAAAACCUGGAGUCUCUUCUGUUGAGAUAAAGAGAGAGGAGACAGAUCAGAGAAGUAUGAGAGAGGAGGUUUCACAGCACUCUUCAAAGGGCUCACUUGAUCACACCCCCUAUAGAAUCGAAAGUAUAUCAAGCUCUACAGCCUCAAAAAUAGAGAAACCAAAGCCAGCGAAUGUGAUAUCACCUCUUGCGAGUUUGAGCAAGACCGCCACCGAAGAAAGCAGACAGAAAGACGUUGAACCAAAAGAAAAUAGAAUGGAUGCCAAACAAGAUGAAGAAAAACCCAAGGCAACAAAUAAAGAAGAAAGAGGGGAUGUGAAAGAAUCAAUAGCUAAAGAUGAGAGAGAGUCUGAAAAUGUAGAACAUAAGGUGUUUGUAAGUGAGGAAAAGGUACUAGAUGCAGUUUCUAUGGAGGAAAUAAUUCAGCAGGUCAUGAAACCAGCUGGUUUAGAUACAUACUCAUCCCCCGACUCAAAAGUCACAUAUCAUGUGGAGAAAUCAGAGCAAGAGGAUGGAUCCACCAAGACUCAGAUUAUUUUACAAUCUAAAGUUGAGGAGGAGCUGGAUCUGUCUGAAGAUUAUGCUCUGGAGGAACUUCUCAGCAAGGGAGUCAAGAAAGUCACCCUGGAGAACAUCAAAGGAACCCCAACAGGAAACAUGAUCGAGAACCUGCUGAGUCUUAGCCUACAAGGUGAGAGUUUGGGAAAAAGGUCAGUGAAUGUGGAGAUAAUCGAGGAACCUGUGGAGUCUCAGAGUGAUGAGGAGGGUGAAAUUGAAAUAGAGGAGACAGUGGAGAUUAAGUCUAAACAACCAAACAUCAGUCCCUCAUCGAUGUUCUUCCAAAUCGAGGAGCCAGAGAGUGACCCUAAGACCAUGAAACCCUACGAGAGUGGUUCUGCUGAAGCCUCACAUUAUGGAAACAGUGGUUCUGUGCAGGUUCAGGAAGUUACCAGGGAUGAAAGCUUACCAUACUUCACGCAUGGCCAAGAGUCACAAGAAUACUUCGUCUCCACUCCUGAAGACAAUAUGUCUGAGUCGGAGGAGGGUGGAAGGUUUAUGUCUUAUAGCCAUUAUGGAGUUAUGGAUGAUCUGUCUGAUGAACGAUAUUACCAGGAAGAUGACCCCAAAUGGCCCACUGCUGAAGGUCACAGGUACAGAGAUUCACCCGAAUAUGGUGACCACUCGUUUUUGAGAGACGACAUCCAAGACUGCAUAAUUGAAGAGGAGGUGCACGUCUCUCCCACACUGCAACAGUCCAUAGUAGGGAUCCUGAGGGAGGAGUCUCUAGACCCCGAACAGCAGCUCAGAGGAGCAUUAGAGCAAAUCCAAGAUACUGUAUCUGGAGCCCUCAAGGAAGAACUUGCAUUUUUUACAAAAGGUAGAGAGACUCCAGAAAAUGUCUCCGUUGACAUCAAAAAAGUGGAACAAGUUACAGACAGCGGAACCAUGACCAUUGUGGCAGAGCUUAAUGUGUCCCAGACGUUGGAGGAUUCUGGGCUGCUGGAAGGAGAUGAUCCAUCUGAAGAGCAAAUAAUGGCAGCGCUGAGCUCAACCCACCCAACGCUCCAGCAGGCCCUUGGUGGUGGAGCUGGUGUAGGAUACACCAUGAAAGUUUCUCAAGAGGAGUUUCGAAUGGAGGGAAUGCCAUGGAUGACCAGCGACGAAGAGAUCCGACAAUGGAGCUCAACCGAUGAGGUCGGCAAGACGGAAAAACAUAUCAAGCUAGGCCCUAGUGAGAAAUCCUUCACUUUUCAGAUGGAUGUGAACAACGGCUCCUCUGCAUCAGCAAGCGGAGGAGCCGUUAUAGAGCAAAGAAGCGGCAGUGCUACUGAGUUCUCACAGACCCAGAUGAUUGACCCCCACUUGAAGGUCUGUCAUGAGAAAAGAAUCGCAACUGUUUAUCUUGAAAGCCCCAAAGAUGAGUGAUAUCAUGAAAUAACAUUCAAAUUACACAUUAUAGCUCAAAAUAUCAUGUCAACCACAUAAUUCAUUAUGAAUUUAACAACAACAACAACAACAAAAAAAAAUCUGGUGUUGUAAACCAGAAUUAAAAAUUCAUGGUCCAUCAUGACCGGUCCAUUACAUACUAAAAAUGUUACUGAUCGCAAUUUUUUGAACAGCACUGUAUCUGACAUAGCUAAAGUGUUAACAAAGCUAAAGCUAAUCACUUACAUACUUGCAUUGCUUUGUUUAUAUUGAGUAUAUAUAUACAGCCAAGACAUUUUAUUUCAUUUUCACUUUAUAGUACAGCUUUAACUAAGCACAGAAAAAGUGAAAAACAUUAUUUUCUUUCCGUUUCAAUUUUCAGUAGCAAUCCUCUUAAAAAUUACACUGAUGACUAUAUAAAAACACACACUUUGUUACAGCACCGUACUGUGCUUCUAGUUUCCAUAGCAAGUUUGGCAUGUUUUACAUCUUUUAUGAAAUAUGUUAAACAGAGAAUGAACAGAUGGACAUUGUAGAUUAGUGCUCGCUUUAAUUGGCCAUAUAUUUGUGAGCUAUUCAAAACUUUAUUCAUAAUAUCACAAAUAUUUGUUAUAUUUUUGGUUUAUAUAGUGUGGUCUACAUUUGGCCACUGUCACUGUCUAGUUCUGAAGGUGAGAAGCACUAGACUGUCCUUCCUGUAUCCCAGAGAUCUCUUAAUCCUUAAAUGACAUUAGACCAGCAAGCACUAAUCUAGCAAUCCUGCUCUUCCAGGACGACACAUUUUUCAUUACUCUAGUACUGUACAGAGACAGUGAGAGAGGGAGGAGUGUGAUCGUAGAAAUCUCACAUUAAAAAUAAGUGCAAGGCAGCUUACACAGAAGUGUGUAAGUGCUUCCAGAAUAGCUAUUCGGUGCUAUUAAGUCUGUCACAACCUAUUACGUAGAAUGAGGAUUCAGCUCCACUGAAUGAGAGUCUAUUUUAGGGUUCCAUUGACACCUCAAGGUAAAGUAGUGUAACAGCAUUUGUCUGAAGAUUUAAAGUGUGUUUUCCUCUAUUUUUUCUAUUUAUCUUUUAACAGAUAUCAGCAUAUUCAUGUUAAUGUCACCAGAUGCUGCAAUGGUGACAAUCCUGUGCCUAUUAACUGUUGGGGGUAAAAAAAAGUGUAAUCUAAACAAUGAAGCAUGUAACAUUUCAACUUCAUUUAAUGAUUUAACAUAUAAUUUUCAAGUAGCUUUUCAUGUCUGUAUUAUCAUAAACUAUCAAAGAUCUAGAAAUGAGAUCCUCAAUAUAAUAUGUUAACACAGUGAUCCCAGGGGUUCUUAAACAAGUUUGAAUUAAUUUGAUUUGACUUUAUUAAACUUUAAUAACCAAUGGUGCUUAAUCUCAUUUAAUAUGUAUGAGUUUUUACAUUUGUUUUUAAUGAGAAUAUAAGUGUCACUCACAAUAUGACUUUUCACAUUUAAGUGACUUAAAUGAUAUCCAGUAUAAUACAAGCUGAAAAAAACCCAUUUCUGGUUUGUGUUGAUGAAGGGGUAUUUGAGUCUUACUCAUUACACAACAUAAAGGUUGGGAAACACUGUGUUAACAGAUACACAAGUUAUUAAGGAUCAUUAUUAACCAUUUCCAAUCAUUUAUCUGCAUACCUUAAGAUGGUGUUUCAGGACCUGCCGAUCUUUGUUUAAAUCUAUGCAUAGAGUUUUAUGAUUCAGCCAUCACUGUGUGAAACCUCAUUUUGUGCAUCUACAGAUUUACAGUUUGCUAAACAUGAUUUACUACCAUAGCAAAGAUUGGUUUGGGCUGGCAGAUUACAGAUGUAUUUUUGCAAAAUGAAAAUUCACAAAAGGGGUUUUUUGUGUGCUGUUUUACUCUUAAAAAAGACUAGUCUGCUUACUGUCUGGACACUGGUUUACAUGCAAACACAAUAAACAAACCCCUACAGAGUU